AUGGAUAAAAUUGUAUUGCCUACUGAAACAUCUGGAAUUGCGGCAUCAAAUCUUCCUUUAGGGAGAACAGCUCAUUUUAGAUUUAAAAUACCAAUUGAUCACGAGAACUCUUUUACGUGUGAUGUGCCAAAACAGGGGAGUUUAGCGCAUUUAAUAAAAGAGACCACUUUGAUUAUUUGGGAUGAGGCUUCUAUGGCCAACAAGGCAAAUUUACAGUCUCUUCAUUUGCUACUGCAGGAUGUAUGUGACAAUAAAUCACUUUUUGGUAGUAAGCUUGUUGUUUUGGGUGGAGAUUUUAGACAGGUUCUACCGGUUGUGCCUCAGAAGUCUUUAAAACAGGCUGUUGAAUCAAGCAUAGUGACUUCAUACAUUUGGACAUGUCUGAAGAGGUUUAGAUUAACAGAAAAUCAAAGAGCUCGUGAAGACCUAGCAUUUUGUUUGUUUUUGCUAUCUCUUGGAAAUGGUGAACUGCAAUCAAAUGAGUGUGAUUAUGUUCGUUUGCCUGAUGGAAUGAUUCAACAUCUGAAUGGAGAAAGAUCAUAUUCUAGAGAUUGUAAAUGCAACAUUUCCAGAAGUUGA